AUGGCGACCAAAGAGGAGCGGGGACGAAGAGACAGCGAAGAGCGGGACAUUGAGCGCUAUCUUGCCAAAGUUCUGGGAGAGAACAACGGUGACUACUGCCGAUCUGAGAUGCUUGUUGAUGCUGCAAGAAUCUCCUGGCUGGGAUCUUUGCGCGACGAAGGCGAAUCUCCACGAUUUGAAGAAGUCAUAUCGCCUGACAUUGUGGCCAAGGCGAACGCCAUCCUCAAUAACCACGAGUCUUGGGAAGAGGUUCAGGUUCUUCUGGAACACGCGGAGGAUGAAGACACCCGGGGUUCGUCACCUUUCUCAGAGGAGGAGCCAACCGAGGCCCUCCGUCUUCUUCAAAGGUUUACAGCCUGGGCCUCGCCCAAUCUUCGCUUCGAUCGAUACGUAUUGAAGCGAGAGCGUAAUGAUGAGCCCUUUUACACUAUUCGAGGCUACCUCCGAGACGUCCUAGUACUUCUCUCUAUGAAACGUCUGUGGGAGGAUAAUCUGCGUCUGGAAUGGCAGCCUGACAUUCACCCUGCGGCCAUCCACCGGGCCGUGGCAUUCGCCGGCAAGAUUGGGCAGCGGGCGACAACGGAGCUUUUUGACGCCUUCUUGGAGAGAAUGGAGUGUACUUCCCUGGAUCCCGACAAUCACUUCUUCCCCCAAAGUCCCGCCGAAAGGCAGAAAACGACACGACGCUUCCUUUCUGGUCUAUCCAAGUGCAAGCCAAUGCAAAACACGGACAUUCUUUACCCGCUAGCAACCCAUUCGACCAGUCACCACACGAAGGGAGUCAGGUUCAUGCUUCCCGACGAGGAUUCCAGAAAAGAGGCCAAGCUUUCGCCCUUGCGCGAGUUGGCCAAGCAAUACAAGUUGUCGGUGCACACUUUCAUCCGGCUGUCGAUGUUCGUCUACUCGGAUACGAACUAG